UCCACAAAACGCGAAUUCCCCCGCACCUCAUCGCAGAUACCACCAUCUACUCUCCCCUUCUCCUUCUCUCUCUCUCUCUCUCUCUAUCUUCUCUCUUUCUCUCUCUUCUGCGAGCGAAAACCUAGAAGCAAGAUUCCCCCCUUUCCACCCCCUCAGGACUCAUGGCUGAAGUGGAGCUGAACCUCGAGGAGCACAGCCUCGAGGAGCAGAACGACGUGGCCGCCGAGGCCGAGCAGAGCCCCGAGGAGCAGACGGCACUCGAGCAGGCCAUCGAGGAGGAGACUCUCCAGCCGACCCCCGAGGAGGAGGAGGAGGAGGAAGUGGAGGAGGAGGCGGAGGAGCUGCCCGAGGAGAAGCCGCAGGAGGAGAGCCCUCCGGCCGCCGCCGGAGGAGCUGCUGCUGCCGCCGAGAAGAGGUGGCCCGGAUGGCCCGGGGAUAGCGUCUUCCGGAUGUUGGUCCCGGCACAGAAGGUGGGCAGUAUCAUCGGGCGCAAAGGGGAGUUCAUAAAGAAAAUCGUCGAAGAGACGAGAGCUCGGAUUAAGAUUCUCGACGGUCCUCCUGGAACUGCCGAAAGAGCUGUAAUGGUGUCUGCGAAGGAGGAGCCUGAUUCUUCUCUUCCUCCUGCUGUGGAUGGCCUUUUGAGAGUUCACAAGCGCAUUGUUGAUGGUUUGGAUGGUGACUCUAAUCCUCCCUCCGGCACAGCUGGAAAGAUCUCAACGAGGCUACUGGUGGCGGCCUCACAGGCAGGAAGCUUAAUCGGAAAACAAGGAGGAACAGUAAAAUCCAUUCAGGAAGAAUCAAACUGUAUUGUUAGAGUUCUCGGCACAGAAGAACUGCCAGUGUUUGCUCUUCAAGAUGAUAGAGUUGUUGAGGUUGUUGGAGAGCCAACAGGGGUUCACAAAGCUGUGGAGCUAAUUGCAUCUCAUUUGAGGAAAUUUUUGGUUGACCGCAGUAUCAUCCCAUUGUUUGAGAUGCAUAUGCAAAUGUCAAAGAAUCCUCCAAUGGAGCAUAUGCCACCACACCAGUCCUGGGGUCCACCACCUGGUCUUCCUCCGAAUGCUGGUGGGGGUCCUGGUUUUGGACAUAAUUCUCAAUAUAUGCCCCCUCCGCGGCAGCUUGACAGUUACUAUCCACCUCCUGAAUUGCCACCUCCUGUGGAACCACAGUCUCAUCAGGGCAUAUCUGCUUAUGGAAGAGAUGUACCAGUGGGAAUGCAUGCACCGUCCAAUGCCCAAUCGGCACCAUCCAUGAUCAAGCAGAUCACACAGCAGAUGCAAAUUCCGCUUUCUUAUGCUGAUGCUGUCAUUGGGUCAGCUGGUUCCAGUAUAAGCUACAUUCGACGAACCAGCGGAGCUACUGUUACCAUUCAAGAAACUAGGGGCGUUCCUGGAGAAAUGACGGUCGAGAUUAGUGGAACUGCUUCGCAAGUUCAGACUGCACAGCAAUUAAUACAGAAUUUUAUGGCGGAGGCAGCAGCAGCCACACAAUCACAGGCACCAGCGGCUGGGCACAUGGACCAAGGUUAUAAUUCUUAUGGAGCUCACGGUUCUGUUUAUGCAUCUCCGGCAUCGAACCAAGGACACACUGCACAUGGUGGAGCUUAUGGCUCGGUCUAUGGGGCCAACUAUGGGUAUUAAGCGGGGUUGUCCAAUUAAUGCUGUUGUGUAUCUGAGAGGGAUGUCAGCUAAAGCUCGAUAGGCACAUUCCAUACUUUGUUAAGGAUAGUUUUGAAUGAUUACCUUGCUUUUCCAUCAAGCUUAUUGGUCGUCUAACAACUUGGUAGGUAUGUGCAUGACAUCGUACUCCCUUAGUGUGUUCAAUUUUGAGUUCAUGAAUUUAGCAGUCGGUUUCUCCUGCAA